AUGGAGAAAUUAUUUAGGAACCAAAAGUUGAACGUUAGUGUAAGAACUGUUAUAUGUGGUGAGGAGAUACUAUUUUAUGCAAAAGAUGUAGCGGAAUCCCUAGGGUACUCAAAUACGAAAAAAGCUAUCCAAACUCACGUAUGGAAGCAAAAUAAGGUAACACUUGGGGAGUUGAAAGUAGGACCCAUGACUGGUCCCACUUUCAGUCAACCGAACUGUGUUUUCCUAAGAGAACCUGGUUUGUACCAGCUAGUAUUUGGAUCAAGACUUCCAACAGCAGAGGCCUUUCACGGUUGGGUGUUCAAUGAAGUACUUCCAUCUAUCCGUAAAACAGGCUCGUACAAAUUACCAGAAUCUGAGCCACUAUACUGUAAUCAGAUGAGGCUAAUUAACGAAACGGAUCUGCGCUAUGCAGUUGUAGAAUAUCUUAAAAAGUACCACCCAAAAGCCCUAAUCCUACCGGGACUAGGAGAGUACCAGGAUACAUCUCAAAAGAGAUGUGACGCCUGGAGGAAGGGAUAUUUGGGCGGACAACCCGAUCUCACAAUAGUAACUCCAAGUAAUGGUUUCAAUGGAUUCGCAAUAGAACUUAAGACUCCGAAGGGUACAGGUGAAGUCAGAGAUAAUCAGGUAGCAUGGAUAAGAGAGUUAGGUAAAAAUGGAUUCCGAACACUAAUAUCCAACAACUACACAGAGAUAGUGUUAUACAUAGAUGAGUACUUUAGAGUUGAUAAUACAAAGAAACUUAUAAAUGAAAUAGAGAACCUUAAGAUAAAGUGUAAGACCUUAGAGUCUAGUAAGUGUAAAGAAGUCGUAAUUCAAAGGAUUGGUUACACACCCGGUAAGUACUAG